GAGAACGUAAAAGAAAACCGCGUGUGAAUCAACUUCUCAAUGUUUUGAAGACAAAAAAUUACUUCAUAAUGGCAAUUGAAGGAACAAUUCAUAAAGCUGGUGCUUUAAAACAAACAAAUAAAUCACAUAAACAUGGAAAGCAUCGAUCAAAUCGUCAAAUUGAUGCGGAUAACAAAGGUCGAGUUUCAUUAAAAGUUUCUACAAAAAACAAAAGCAAAACAAUGAGACGUGAAGAUCGUCGACUUCAAGCUAUCCAGAUUCGUAAAAAUAAACGUGAAGAAGCAAUGGACAAAAAGAGGAAACUUGGAGGCCUUUCUGGAAUGUCAGCACCUUUUCUAACUUGCUUUGUGCCAUUGCACGAGGAAAUUGAUGUUAAUUCUGCUCUUGCUAUCCUUGAGUCUUGUGAUGAAGAUGCAAUAAUUGACAAGACUAAUCCUAAAAUAACUUACUUGAAAUCUCCACGAUUGAAACAAAAGUUUUCAUUUAUAAAAGCAGUUUAUGGUCCUGGAAAUGAGCUUAGAAAUUUGGAUUGUUUGAAAGUCGUUGAUAGCACAGUUUUUCUAUUAUCAGCAUCAUGUGAAGAUGUUCUUGAUAGAUGGGGUGAGAAGUUUGUUAAUUUGGCUCUUUCGCAAGGAAUUCCAACUCCAACCAUAACACUGAUGGACUUGGAAUCAAUUGCUCCAAAACGACGUGCACAAGUGAAAGCAGAUAUUCAGAAAAGAAUUAAUAAAUAUUUUCCUGAUGAAAAGUUGAUGGUUUUGGAUAAAACUUCGGAUGGUCAAAACUUGUUGCGACGAAUUGGAGGCCAAAAAAAGAAUGAAAUUCACAAUAAAAAUAAUCGCCCUCAUUUAUAUAGUGAGAAAGCUGAAUUGAACGAGGAAAAUAACGUCUUGAAAGUUACCGGCUAUCUUCGAGGCAUUCCUCUAAAUGUCAAUAGUCUUGUCCAUGUUCCAGGUCUUGGAUCGUUUCAAAUGACACAAAUUCAUUCAACACAAGAUCCAUUGAAAGCUCCCAAUGAUGCUUCAACUUCAUCAAAUGUUUGCGUUUAUGCAAAUCCAGCACUUCAAACUUCUUUAAUUUCUGAAAAUAUUCCUGAUGAAAUGGAUGCUGAGCAAACUUUUCCAACCGAUGCUGAAAUUGCUCAAUCAAUGGAAGAAAAUAACAAAAAGAAAUUUAUUAAAAGAAUUCCUAAAGGUAUGAGCGAUUAUCAAGCUUGUUGGAUUCCUGAUAUUGAAGAAAUUGAUGAAAACAAUGAUGAGAGUGAAAGUGAUGAUGACGACAAUAGUUUCAUGUCUUGCGAUUCUAAUGCUUCAGAUCAAGAAGCCGAUGAUGAUGAUGGAAUGAAGUCUGCAACUGAAGACGAUAAUGAAGAAUUCGAAGAUGUUACUGAAAAUGAAUCCACAACAAAUAAUGAACAGAGAUAUGAUGAACAAAUGGAUCUUUAUGAGGAAAAGGAAGCUCAAGAGAAAUUGAAAGCUCAAAGAACUGAUGCAAUGUGGCCAGAUGAAGUUGACACGCCAAAUGAUAUCCCAGCUCGUGUUAGAUUUCAAAAAUUUCGAGGAUUGGAAUCAUUUAGAACGUCUCCAUGGGAUGUUAAAGAAAAUUUGCCAUUUGAUUAUGCGAAAAUCUUUCAAUUUAAAGAUUUCAAUAGAAUUAAGCGAAGAAUAAUUAAAGAAGCUGCUGAAUCUGAUGAAACAAUUGUUCCUGGAAUGUAUGUGACGAUUCAUAUUGCCAACGUUGCUACAAAUAUUUGGGAAGAAUACCAGAAAUUGAAUGGAAUUAGUGGAAACUUAAUUGUCUACGGUUUACUUCCACAUGAAAACAAAAUGUCUGUAAUGAAUGUCGUGUUGAAGAGAGCAGCCGACUCAACAAUUCCUAUAAAAUCGAAGGAACGAUUAAUAAUUCAAUGCGGAUUUCGUCGUUUCAUUGUUAAUCCAAUUUUCAGUCAACACACCAAUGGAAACAAACAUAAAUUCGAAAGAUUCUUCCAACCAAAUUCAACUGUCGUUGCUUCAUUUUUUGCUCCAAUUCAAUUUCCACCAGCACCAGUUCUUUGUUUGCGAGAAAAUCCUAAUGGAUCAGUAACAAUGAUUGCAAAUGGAAUUCUCAUGUCAUGUUCACCUGAUCGAGUUGUCCUUAAACGUGUCGUGUUAAGUGGACAUCCAUUUAAGAUUAACCGUCGAACAGCAACGGUUCGAUUUAUGUUCCACAAUAAGGAUGACAUCGACUACUUCAAACCAUGUAAAUUGCGUACCAAAUGCGGUAGAAUUGGACACAUCAAGGAAUCGCUUGGUACUCAUGGCCACAUGAAAUGUGUUUUCGAUGGUCAAAUGAAGUCUUUCGAUACAGUUUUUCUUUAUCUAUACAAACGAAUUUUCCCGAAAUGGACUUAUGAAGAAUAUAGAGGCAAAGGUCAGAUGAUCAACUCAGCAGCAGUGUCAAGUGUUGACAUUAAUAUGGAAUAAAUUGUGUUACUGAUAUGCAUCAAUGCAUUAGCGAUGUAACAAAAUGAAAAGAAGAUAAUAAAAAUGCAUUAACUAUGUUAAAUAACUGUUUUUAUAUAUCUUUCUAUUGUUACGAUAAUUAUGACACAAAUGUUAUGUGACUUUAACAAAGCUUGCAAAAUCAUUUUAGUCUACCAAUAAAUAGCAUCAUGUUGGCACGUGACAUUAUAACUUUAACUGUUUUAUUUUAUCUUUUCUAUCCAGUGGCUGUAAAUUCUUCUUGUGACGUUGAAGAAAAACAAGAAAAUGUUUUUAAAGUCGACUAUUGUGACUUGCCCAAAAAUGUUGGUUCUUGUAAACUUAAAUGGAAACGUUUUUAUUUCAAUCGUCAUACGAGGGAAUGUGAACAAUUUACAUACGAAGGUUGUACAUCGAAUAGAAACAACUUCAAGACGAAAGAAGAUUGCAUGUCAUGUUGCUCAUUGUAACUAAUGAUUCAAAUUCCUUAAAACUUCAUAUAUUUUGACAAGAAAAUCUCAGCAAUUGCAGUAAUGGUAACAACAGAAUAUUGAUGGGAAGCUGUAGUGGCAAAACUAGAUAACGAUUAACAACUCUUGAUAACACCGACAUUGUUCUAAGAACUCUCCAAACCAACACAAAUAAUAAGUUGUUCUAAACAUUUUCAAUUUACUCCGCUC